AUGCAGUGCGAAAAUUGCGCAAAAUCUCGUUUGGUCGACACGUGGAUGGGCGCGGGAAACAAACGGACGAAGGAGUUAUUUCUUGUCCACGCUGGCUGGGCGCAGAUAAGAAGGCGCCGGAUUCAGUCCCGGGAGACGAGAGGGGUUGUGGGUCGACACGGCCGCGGCGGAGUCAUGGCGUCGACGUGCUCGAUGGCGUCGACGAGCUUCGCGUGCGGGUCGCGAGGUGACGCGGCGCCGUUCAACCCGGCCGGUCCCAGAAGGACGAAUUAUUCCGCGGGUCUUCUUUACGACGGUUCGAGGCGGGGGAGGGUUCGGUCGUAUCGCACGAGAGGGAACCGCCGAACGCGCCCGAGCACCGUCGGUAGGGCAUCCGACGACCGGACUGACGCACUCGAUGGCGACAGUGGAGCGCGCGGCUCGUCCGUCUCGGUGGAUACCCUCGAUGCCACGGGGCGCGGGGCGAACGAGGAAGACGGACAACAAAAUGAAUGGUGGUCUUGGACCAAACGCUGGGCAGUGGGGGACUCCGACGAGGACGAGGACGAGGACGAGCGUGAUCCCUCGAGCGACUCCAUUCGGGCUGUGCUCGAGGCUAAGGAGGAGGAGGGUGAGGCGGUGCCGUUCCUCGAGCGCGUCCCGCUUCCCCCGUGGCUCAAGUUCCAGGUCGACAGGGUGUGGAAGACCGGCGACGAGGCUUCCGUUGCGGUCGAGGCGAGCGCCGGUUCGACCGCAGACGAGAGGCACAAACUCGAGGCUCUCGCGGAUGCGGUGGAGACGCUCGAGUCUCCGUCGUCGAGCUCGGCGGCGGACCUCGGAGAAAUCAGCGGCAGAAGAGCCGAGUUUGUCGACCAGGCUCUGCGCGGAGCUAACGAAGCGUCGGUGAAAGCGACGGAGGCUGCGUUGGACAAGCUGUCCGCCGCACUCGCGGCGGUCGAGGCGAGGGAGCGCGCGGUCGUCGCGACGGACGCCGCCGCGAAGGCUAACGAUGUCCUCAAGGAAAAGGCUGCGGCUGCGGGACUCGACGAGAAGGGCGAAGUCGUCGAGCUAGAGUCGUGGGAGUUCCCCGGUCCGUCGUCGCCGGUCGGGGAUGAGGAGAGGCAGAGGCUGAAAGACUUGGAAGAUGCGCUCAAGGUUGCGCGGCUCAAGUCCGAGGAGGCCAGGCUGGCGAGCAAGGCUUUGAGCAAAGCCGUGGACGACGUCGCGAGGGUUCGCGCCGAGUUGGAGAGCAUGGGGUACCAGAGCGAGAAGGAGCGAGCCGGCCUUCAGUCCUCCCUCGGAGCCGCGGCUGAGCGAGUGAAGACCGCAUCGAGGGCGUCGCAGGCUGCGCUUUUCGCCGCCGGUGCGCAGAUUUUCGCAGUCGUGGACAUGUCAAAGGAGGGCGUGGUGGGAUGGGUACGAGGCGUCACCGACAAGGAUUCGUCGUCGUCGAAUGACUUUGACAUCGCAGCCGUCACCGCACCACUCGUGGAGACAGCCGAGGCUAUCGAACUCUCGUCCACCAUCGCUCGAAUCACGCAGUGGAGCGCGGCGAGCGCCGUGAGCAUUCAGAAGAUCAUCGCGGGUGGAUCCAUUUCUCCCGACGUCGGCGUCGCCGGGUCCGACUUUGGCGGCGAUAAGCCGAUGACGGCGGCGGAGGUUGGUAGGAUGAUCCAGCCCGCGCUGCAGACCGUGGUGGCUCAGUCGCUCGUGCCCGCGGGUCCCCAAGAGAUUCGAUCCGCGCGGGUCGCGUGCUCGAUGGCGGCGUGGAUAUACUACCUUCCAACCACGCACGCCGCGCUCUACCGGUACGGUUUACGCAUGGUGGUGUCCUCGCUGGACCAGGUCAAGUCUCAGGCUGGAAAACCCAAAGACGCGAACAACGUCGUGGCCCGAACGAGCAGCUUUACCAUGGCACAGAUGGAAGAGAUGAAAGAACGGGUCACCGCCGCCGCAGACGCCGCCAUCCUUGAGCUGGAGCGCGCGACCAAACUCAAAGCCGAAGACCCCGAGCGAGAGACGGCGGCUCGAGAGGCGGCAAAGCAGGCGGCGGCGGCAGCGAAGGAACUCGAGUCCCUCAGUAUCAUCAUCGAGGAGAAGGAACGCGAGAAGAAGGCUGCGCGCGAGGCCUCAUCGAUGUUCGACCCCGAGGGUUCGUCAUCUGUCGAGGAGGCCCCAAAGCCGACGCCGCUUAAAAAAAUGGACUUUGAUCCCGUGAAGAAGGGGAAUAACGCGGCUGACAAGUCCUACAUCGAUCGCCCCCUUCCGGUGAAUUACUGCGUCGCCGCUGACGAUGCCACUGGUGAAAUAUGGGUCGUCAUCGAGGGAUCCACCUCGCUCAAGUCCUGGCAGACCAACUUGACGUUCCAGCCGGUGGUGUUUGAGGAUCCGACUUGGGAUGUUCGCGUACACCGCGGUUCUUACGACGCGGCCAGGGCCAUCUACGAUCGCAUCGAACAGGCGGUGGUUGACCACGUGAACGCGUUUGGCACGGAUCGGGCCAGAGUGCACGUCACCGGACACUCCAUCGGUGGCUCACUAGCGGCGCUCAUCGCGCUCAUGCUCAUCAUGCGGGGAAAGGUUCCGAGGGAGGUGAUCAACGACGUUUGGACGUUUGGGUCACCGUACGUGCUGUGCGGCGGCGAGGCGUUGCUCGCGCGACUCGGACUUCCAAGAAGCUUCUUGCGCAGUGUCGCGAUGGGCAAGGACAUCGUCCCGCGAUCGUUCUCGUGCUACUACCCGCAGUGGGCGCGCAAGGCUCUAGAAUUUGCGCCCGGAUCCCUGAAGGUUGACACCAACAAGCAGCCGAGCUUCCUCGAGGAGGAGAUGUUUUACUCUCCGAUGGGGGACAUGUAUCUGCUCCAGGCGAUUCACGGCUCUGCGCACCCUCUACUUCCAAGCGGACCCGGGUUGUACGUGCUCGAGGGCGACGGGAUGUAUGAGAUGCUCGUAGAGCGAGUGAUCGCCGACGAAGCUGGCGACGGAGAUGAGGAACUGUGGCUCACAAAAGGUCGCAGGGGUGGAUCAUCUUGGGGCGAGUGGACGCACGACGAAUCAUCAGACUCAGACUCGGACUCGGAAGAGGCGAUCCGAAUCGUGUCCAAGGGCGACGAAUCAAACAGAGACGCGGUGACGCGCGAGGCGCAGACUGCUUGGGAGAGAGCAGUCGCCAACAGAGAGGCGAAGAAAAAGAAGAAGGAAUCGAGGUCUCGCCGGAAGGAAGAUGGUCGCAGCCGCAGACUGAAUCGUCUCGCGUGUUUGACUCAGUCGGAGGCGGCGCUCACCGCGACGCUUCUCCUUGGUUCCGUCGAGAGCGAGUCGUUGGUCAGCUCGGACACGAGGGAGGUUAUGCUCCAGGAGCGCGGCAGAGACGCGGCGCAGAGGGUGCUGCUGAACACGCCGCACCCGCUGACCGUGCUCUCCGACCCGAGGGCGUACGGCGCAAAGGGGUCCAUCUCCAGGCAUCACAACCCGUUCAACUAUCUCCGCGCGCUCGGGAAGACGAGACGGACCUGGGACGGGGGUUCUUCUGAGGUCAACUUUGACUCGCCGAACGUCGGUCCAAGAUGAAGUGAUGCCAUAAGAUAGGAUUUUCAAACGAGUUCAGUCAAGGGUUUAGGGUU